AUGUACAUUGUUAAAUCACCGGAACAACCGAAUCGAAUUGAAAUCUACGAGAAAACUGUGGAAGCAUUACAACCAGAAGUUGCAAAACUCAUGGCGAUUAUGCAUUUUUCUAUGAAUGCUGUUGAUACAUUCUGUAAUCAAGUUCGACGUUUGUGUCAUCAUGAGAAACGCAAAGAAUUUGUUAGUGAAGCGUAUCUAUUGACUUUGGGAGAAUUCAUCAAUAUGUUUGCGGUACUUGAUGAAUUGAAAAACAUGAAAUCAUCUGUUAAAAAUGAUUAUUCAGCUUAUCGACGAGCUGCUCAAUUUCUACGAGUGAUCAGUGAUUCCACUGCACUGACUGAAUCACAGAAUCUAUCCAUGUUCUUAGCAACAAAUGAUAAAAUUCGCACUAUGCUCAAAACAUCUUUAGCUCAAAUCGAAGGUUAUGAAGAAUUACUUGCUGAUGUUGUGAAUACAAGUGUACAUAUGUUUGAAAACAAACUCUAUUUGUUACCGAAUGAGAAACAUAUGCUAGUGAAAGUCAUUGGUUUCAGUUUAUUUCUGAUUGAUUCCACAGCGUGUAAUAUCAAUAAACUGGAUGGAAAGAAAAAAAUCAAUGUGAGCCGUAUCGAUAAAAUCUUUAAGACUGUCGAAGUUGUUCCAUUGUAUGGUGAUAUGCAGAUUGCACCGUUUAAUUACAUAAAAAAGUCGCCGAAUUUCGAUCCGAGUAAAUGGCCGAUUUGUAAUGAUGCAUCGUCAUCAUCAAUGCAAGGAAACCUCCUUAUGCAACUACCAGAAAUUCGAGAGGAACACGAACGAUUCAUUGCUGAUUUAGCUCGAUAUACAAAUGAGGGUGCAAUACAAAAAGUUAUGAAACGAACUGACCAAGAAAUGAAAUAUUUGUAUAAUAUGGCGUUGACAGGUUUACAAUUAUUAUCCAAAUGGACUAAUUCGAUCCUUGAAUUAUAUUGCUGGAAACUUCUUCAUCCAGCCGAUUAUCGUAAAAAUACAAGUAAAUACGAAGAUGAUGGCGAAGAAUAUGAACGUGCUACACGAUAUAAUUAUUCGAGUCAAGAAAAGUUUGCUAUGGUGGAAAUUCUUUCUUUGAUCAAAGGCUUACAAUUACAAAUGAAUCGAUUGACAGAAACAUUUCACGAAGCCAUAUGCUCAACAACAUACAAUGAAUUGCAAUUGUUUGUUCAAGUUCACAUCCGGGAUAUGAUUAAAAAAGUAACACAAAAGAAAAGGGAUCUAACGAAAAGUAUUCUGAUUGCGGUGAGAGAUACAUGUGUGGAUUGGUUUACUGGAAAUGGUGAAGCUAAUUCGAUUGAAGAAGCACUGGCAUUAGGUCUGAAAUUGAAUCAAAAUCAUGGUAGUAAAAAAGAUCAUAGUGAAUUAAAUCAACUGAGAUUAAAUAAACGUUGUGUGGGACCAUCGAGUACUCAGCUUUAUAUGGUUCGAACAAUGAUUGAAUCACUUUUAACGGAUAAGAGUGGCUAUGGAAAACGAACUUUAAGAAAAGAUAUUGAUUAUACCCAUUUGUCAUUGAUUGAACAAUUUCAUAAACAGUCAUUCUUUUGGGAUUAUCUUCUCAAUUUAGACGCCACAUCGAAAAAGUGUGCUGAUUUAAGUCAACUUUGGUAUCGAGAAUUUUACCUUGAAUUAACCAUGGGAAGAAAAAUUCAAUUUCCAAUUGAAAUGUCAAUGCCAUGGAUUCUUGCUGAUCAUAUUUUAGAAUCAACAAAACAGCCAAUGAUUGAAUAUGUAUUUUAUCCAAUGGAUCUGUACAAUGAUGCUGCUAUGCAUGCAUUAGUCGUCUUUCGUAAACAAUUUCUAUAUGAUGAAAUUGAAGCUGAAGUUAAUCUAUGCUUUGAUCAAUUGGUUUUCAAAUUGAGCGACAAAAUUUUCACUCAUUUCAAGUGUCUAGCAGCUUGCAUGUUACUCGACAAGAGAUAUCGUUCGGAAUGUCAUAUGAAUGGAAUCAAAGUCGUUUUUCCGUCAGCCAAUCGUUACGAUUCGUUACUUAAACAGCGUCAUAUUCAACUUCUCGGUCGUUCAAUCGAUCUAACGUUUCUACUAACUCAACGUUUAACAUUAUCUUUUAAAAAAUCACUUGAAACUGCUAUUCAACGCUUCGAAUCUGUUAACAUAACAGGAGUCAUUGAGUUGCAAUGUCUACUCGAAGUGAAUCGUUUGACUCAUGAACUGCUCUCAUCAUACUUAACAUUGGAUAGUUUCGAAGCACUUGUCAAUGAAGUUAAUCACAGUGUUGCAAGUGCGCUUGGCCGUAUAACGCUACAUAUUUUCUGGGAAUUAACUUAUGACUUUCUUCCACACUAUUGCUAUAACGGAAGCACAAAUCGAUUUGUUAAGACACAGCAACCACAUGUUAAUGAAACAACGCGAGAAAAGAUGUCACGAGAAAUCCCUGAUGUUCAACUAUAUGGAACAAGGGAACUUAAUCAAGCGUAUGAUAUUGUUAAUAAUCUCUAUCGAGGCUUUGUCGGUGUCCAACAUUUCCGCGCAAUGACUCGAUUACUUGGUUAUCAAGGUAUUGCGGUAGUUAUUCAAGAAAUGUUGAAAGUGGUCAAGAAUUUGUUGGAUAAAACAAUUCGUGAGUUCGUGGAAAAACUACGUGCUUGUAUGCCGAAACAAUGCAAACUUCCACGCUCUGAUUAUGGAUCACCGGCGAUUCUCCAAUAUUAUCUUCAUCAACUUCAUGAAAUAAUACAUUAUCCGGCAUUACAAGACGUAUUUCAUUGCUUUCGAGAGCUUGGAAAUGCGAUUCUUUUUUUUAUUAUGAUUGAACAAAGUUUGUCUCAAGAAGAAAUCAAAGAUCUAUUGCAAGCAGCACCGUUUCAAAACCUUAUCCCACGUCCGUACGCCAAAGAAGGAGAAUCACUUGAAGCAAAAAUUCGACGACUUGAAGCUAAAUAUGCUGCUAUGUCACUCGUGAAUAUUAUUAAAAAACUUGGCACAGAAAAGCAAGGAAAACUUGUCGAAGAAUCUGAUCUAUUAACACGCGAGCGUCUUUGCAUUGGUUUGACAACAUUUGAAGUGAUGCUGGAUCGCAUUCGUUCGUUUCUUCUUGACGAUCCUGUAUGGACAAAUAAUUCAGCGUCAGCAAUGAAUAGUAAUAUAAGUCCAUUGACAAACAUCGAUGAUACACAUGAUUUUCAUCGUAUAUGGAGCGCAUUGCAAUUCGUCUAUUGUUUACCAGCACGUCAUGAAAAUGAUUUGAAUGUUGAACAACUAUAUGGUGAAGGUUUAAAUUUUGCUGGCUGUACAAUCAUACGUUUAUUGAAUGAACAUCGAAAAUUCGAAACAUUCGAUUUUACUUACCAUCUAUUCAAAAUAAAUCGAAGUGACCAAAAAGAAGAUGAAGUUAAAAAUGUGUCUUUACCAACGUUUACGGAACGCAUACGGAAAUUUCAAAUACUUAACCAACAAAUAUUUGCUUGCCUCAAUAAAUAUUUGUGUCAUACUACAACAGAUGAAAUACCUGUUGAACAAGUGAAGUGUCUAACGCCAAUGACAUUACAAACAAUUCAAUCGUCGAUGCCAAUUUAUCAGCAUAAUCGUCUUCCAGGAACAACGAGCGAAUGCUAG